AUGGAUUCUCCUUCAUCGGAAGUAAAAACCAUCUCGGAAUGCUUCGUGAAACCCAAAACCAUCCCUGAAAAAUGGAAAGAGCCAUACCAUUUGUCACCGUUGGAUCUUGUGAUGCUCUCCAUGCAUUACAUCCAAACAGGUCUUCUCUUUGUCAAACCAUCAACAACAACUUCUGAAUCAAAAUAUUUCAUGGAGACGUGGCUACAAAGAUUCAAAGACUCUCUAGCCGAGACACUUGUCCAUUUCUAUCCGCUAGCCGGUCGCUUCUCGACUUCAAAAACCGAUAAUCCAAAAUCCUACUCACUGUUUGUGGAUUGUAACAACAGUCCUGGAGCUGGAUUUAUCUAUGCCAAAUCGGAUCUGAGUGUAUCAGACAUUGUUGGACCCCAAUAUGUUCCUUUGGUUGUACAAUCUUUCUUCGACCACCAUAAAGCCGUUUGCCAUGAUGGUCACACCAUGAGUCUCUUGUCUCUCAAGGUAACAGAAUUGGUAGAUGGAGUAUUCAUAGGUAUGUCACUGAAUCACGUGAUGGGAGAUGGAAGUUUGUUAUCGCAGUUGUUCGACACUUUGUCCGAAAUUUUCAAUGCACAAGAAACCAAUAACUUGCAACUCAAGAAACCUCCGGUUCUUGAACGUUGGUUUCCUAAAGGGUAUGGUCCUGUGCAUAUCCUACCUUUCACUCACCCCGAUGAAUUCAUCAGUCGGUUCGAGUCUCCGGUCUUGAAGGAGAGAAUAUUCCAUUUCUCAUCAGAAACUAUAGCAUCACUAAAAGCAAAGGCUAAUCAAGAAUGUGGAACAACAACAAUCUCUUCUUUUCAAUCUUUAGCUGCAUUGAUGUGGAGAUGCAUAACAAAGGCAAGAAAGUUACCAUACGAUGAAGAGAUUCGUUGCAGCCUCGCUGCUAACAUUAGAGAAAAACUUGAUCCACCAUUGACUUCGAACUAUAUUGGGAAUUGCAUUUCUGCUUUAAGGUCGAGGACGGUGAAAUCAGGUGAGCUACUGGAAAAUGAUCUUGGAUGGGCCGCUUUGAAAAUGCAUGAAGCAGUGACUGGAAACACUAGUGAAGAGGUUUCGAAAACAAUCGAUGAGUGGUUGAAAUCAUCUUUUGUUUUUCAUCUAGAAGCACUUGUGGGAUUGAUGGUUGUUCACAUUGGAGGCUCGUCGAGGUUUAAGAAGUAUGAAUGCGAGUUUGGGAUGGGGAAACCGGUUGCGAUUAGAAGCGGUUAUGGAGGUAAGUUCGAUGGGAAGAUAACAACUUACAUAGGGAGAGAAGGAGGAGGAAGCAUAGAUUUGGAAGUUUGUCUUCUUCCACAGUUUAUGGAAGCUUUGGAAUCAGAUCAAGAGUUCAUGUCUCUUGUCUCUUCUUCUUCUUGA